UGGACGUGAGCAAGAUUGAAGCCGGUAAAAUGCCACUCAAGGUAGAAGAGUUCGAUCUGGCAGAACUCCUCGAGAACAUAGUUGAUUUGCAUUAUCAUAGAGCCAUAGAGAAGGGAGUGGAUUUGGUACUUGACCCUGGUGAUGGGUCUCUUUCAACGUUUCGCUCAGUGAAAGGUGACAAAGUGAAAAUUAUGCAGAUAGUAAGUAAUUUGGUUACCAAUGCUAUCAAAUUUACCUCAGGAGGACAUAUCUCCGUCAAAGUUUCUGUGAGCAAACCAAGUAAAGACAAUGCCCUUAUUGUUUGUAAUCGGCAUAGUCCGUUGAACUGCUUGACAAGAUUGUGCACGAAGCAAAAGUGUUGCUGCAAUACGUUGAAUGAAUUUCCAGCAAUUCAAAAGAAUCCCAAUUGCAUGGAAUUCACAUUUGAGGUGGAUGACACAGGUGUGGGGAUUCCGAAAGAUAAACAAAAACAUGUCUUUGAGAACUUUGUUCAGGUGAAAGAAACAACUUAUGGAGAAGAAGGUUAUGGCUUGGGACUAGGCAUUGUUCAAUCGAUGGUGCAUCUGAUGGGGGGAGAGAUCAAGAUUGUUGACAAAGAGGAUGGAGAAAGAGGCACUCGCUUCCAAUUCAACAUAUUUCUGACUAGUUGUGUUCCAGUAUCUGUUGUUGAAGCUGAGGAACAAGAAACCAAUACGCAAAACCAUGGCCUUCGCAGUUAUCUUUACCAUCACUUGGGACUGCCAUUUCGGUCAUCUCCAUCUAGAUCAGAGGGAUAUCAUGUUGUCCUAUUCCUAGUUGAAGAAAAAAGGAGAAAAGUUUUAAGCAGAGCGAUUAGCAAAAUGAACAUAAAAGUUUCAGAGGUGGGUAAAAUUAACGAAUUUGUUCAGACGCUUGAUAGAAUAAAAAGAAAGUUAGACCUUUCCUCUAGUUCCCUUGAGAAAUUUGAGGUAAAUUUGAAUUUAACCUCUGGUGAUACAAAUGAAGUGGCUUCAGGCACAAAGGACACACAUGAUCAUGCCAUCCCUCAUUGCAAAAGGUCUAAUUCCAAUGGCUCAUCGAAUUUCAUAAUUAUCAUUAUUGAUUCUCAGGCAGGACCUCUCUCAGAAUUGAGUUCACCGGUGGUUAACUUCAAGAAAGAUUUGCAGAAUCUUAGUUGCAAGGUUGUGUUGUUGCAAGAUCAUGUAAGCAGCAGCAGUCAACCACCGCUUCCUCCUUUUGAUUAUGUUUUUCAAAAGCCAUUACAUGGCAAACGUUUAUAUGAAGUGCUUAGGCUUCUAUCUGAAUAUCGAAAUAGUUCAAUCCAACAUGAUAGGACUAAAACGGAUCAAGAAAUCGAAUUCCAAGAAUUGGAUUCAGAUGCCUUACUUAAGUGCCAACUCGAGGAGAUUGUGAUAAAUGAUUGUAACAAAAGGAGUAGUACUAGCAAGGACUUCAAAGGAAAGAAGGUUUUGGUGGUUGAUGAUCAGCCCAUAUUGCGCAUGUAUGCUUCCAAGUCUCUUCAAAAAUUAGGAGCAGAUGUUGAUGUUUCUGAGAAUGGAAAAGAUGCCUGUGAUAAGGUUUUGAAAUCUUUGAAAGACAUGUCUGAAGUUUAUGAUGAUUCCAACAGAACCUAUGAUUUUAUAUUGAUGGACUGUGAGGUAACAUUUCUACACUUACCUCUUUUCCGCUUUACUAAUUUUUACAAAUAAAUGUUGUAUGUUAUAUGUUUAUGGAUUUUUUUUCCAACUUAAAUAGUUUGAUAUGUUUAUGAAUGCAGAUGCCGGUUAUGAGUGGGUAUGAGGCAACAAGGCUUAUACGAGUGGAGGAGAAGAAGCAUGGCAUUCACAUUCCCAUAAUUGCAUUGACUGCCCAUACUAUGGAUGAUGAGAUGAAGUUGCUUAUCAAAGAUGCUGGAAUGGAUUUUCACUUGACUAAACCUUUAAAUGUUCAACAGUUGUAUGAUCUCAUCAACAACAUCCAGUUUUGAACGACGUUUUUUCCCAUUAGAAUGAAAUAUAUCUGUGGAAUAUGAUUUUUAAUAUCUACCUACCUUAGCCUUUAGUUCAUACAAAAAAAAAUUGUAACAGCAGCAUCGCUCUUGCUUGAGGUGAUCGAUGUUAACAUACAAGAUUUGGAGGAAAUGAAAAAGAAAGAGGAAGAAAGAAGAUGAAGGAAAAUUCCACUGCUGAUGGCAAGCAAGCAAUCAAUACAUGUCGACCAAUCUAUAUAUAAGCUAUUGAUCACAUGAUCUUUUAAAUACAAAAGCAAGCUCUCGUAUUAGUUUUGUGACAACUAACUUUAUUUUAAGAUGAUACAGCAAAACUAAAAUGAUAACCUCAAUAUUAUAAGGGCUAAGCGUUCAUUGCUUAAGGUUGAAAUUCACGGUAUCUAGUUAUCGGAGAGCAAAGGGUACCACACAAAUUAACUCCUCCACACACAAACUGCCUCUUAAAUGACAUUUUCCUCGCCGGUAGAUGACCAUCAUUAUUUCAGGAUAGAAAUAAACGAUGAUUAAUGAUUUAAGCUUGCUCGGAAAGUUUUCAAGCAAAUUUAUGUUACACAUGAUUAAUGAUUUAAGCUUCUCAGAUGGUGCUUCAGGCAGUAAAAAAACAACAGCAGAAAGGUCAACAAUAGUGCCAACUGCCAAGGAGCCAGUCGAAUAGAAAACGAGGGGAAAAUUCACGCUGGUGUAAUUUCAAAACUAUUUAGUAGAUUCUAAUCAAAAUCAAACAUGUUUCCUAUUGGCCGAGUCCCAAUGACAUCAAAGCAAUCAGCCACCCUCAAAUCUGUGUCUUUUUGCUAAAAAUGGAAAGGGGCUACAAUUCACUAAUAGAAAGGG